ACAGCGACGAUGUACUCGCACUGGCAAUUGCAUUCAAUUUAUUUCAGUUGACGAUCGGAUCGGUCCAGUGCUGGAGCACCCGGGUAGAAUAUGCACGUCUUUCGGAAGCUCAUUAUCGUUUCGUUGCUGGCGACGAUAGGACUGCUGUGCCCCCAAUCAAGAAGCCACCAGAUUAGCAGCAAUGGCUUCGAAAUGGUGUCAAAAUAUCGUUCGACAUCGCCCGGGGAAGGCGAAAAUGGACUGUAUAUAUCGAAAGUGGUUGAAGUUAGAAUCAAGCGGGAAGCAACGGAUGAUGAGUCGAGUGUCUCCCUGUGGGAGUGGUUAACGGGGCAGGAUAAACCCACCAGGUGUGUGAUGGUGUCGGUGGGUGGAGUCAUCGGUGGUGGUGCACUGAUGGGAGCCUUCGUCGGAGCUGGUAUUGGUAGUGCGUUCACUGGACCCGGAACGAUCGUCGGUGCUUUCAUCGGUGGUGUGGUGGGAAUCUUCAGUGGUGUCAGUGUUGGGCAUCGGGCCGGUGCAGCCGCGUGUGAUAGUCCGUGUGGUACCGGUUCGAACAACAUCCAAUGCUAUCCUUAUGAUUAGAGAAUGUAGAUGGAUGGAAUAUAAAUUUUAAGAAACGA